AUGGGGAAUUCUCAAGGGAAACAGGUGGUCCCCACCGAUGAGUUGAACUUGAAUCAGUUCCGCCUGCUACGGGUGGUAGGAAAAGGUGCUUUUGGAAAGGUCCGCAUCGUGGAGAAGAAGGACACGGGCUUGACGUUCGCUUUGAAAUACAUCCGGAAAGAAGAAGUGGUCCGGUCGGAGAGCGUACGAAACAUCAUCCGUGAACGACGCAUGCUGGAACAUCUCAACCAUGCCUUCCUUUGCAACUUGAGAUACAGCUUCCAAGAUAUCGAAUAUAUUUACAUUGUGGUCGAUUUGAUGAAUGGCGGCGAUCUGCGAUUCCAUAUCUCAAGAAAGUGCUUCACCGAAGAAGCUGUACGAUUUUGGGCGGCGGAACUGGGCUGUGCUCUGCGGUACAUUCACUCGCAGGGUAUUAUCCAUCGUGACGUGAAGCCCGACAAUGUGCUAUUAGACUCCGAAGGACACGUGCAUUUGGCCGAUUUCAAUGUGGCCUCUGACUUUCGGCCCGGCAAGCCCCUCACGAGUAAAUCUGGCACUCUGGCCUAUCUGGCCCCCGAGGUUUACGAAGGAGGCGGAUACUACAGCGAAGUCGAUUGGUGGUCGCUUGGCGUGACCUUUUAUGAAUGUAUUUAUAACAAGCGUCCAUUCGAGGGCCGCAGCCAGGACGUGCUCAGCGAAAACAUCAAAAAGGCGCAACCGAAGUACUACGUCACAAACCCAGCCGUCUCAGUCCCGUGUCUUAGAGCGUUAUCCGCCCUGAUGGAAAAGGACCGUUCGAAACGAAUUGGAGCUACAGGCUUCGAGACAUUUACUUCGCACAUGUUCUUUGCCGACAUCGAUUUCGAGGCCCUGGAAAGAAAGGAAAUCCCCCCCGUGUUUCGACCAUCCAGCGACAAGACCAAUUUUGAUGCAACGUACGAUCUGGAAGAAUUACUUUUGGAAGAGGCGCCGCUCGAGGCCAGGGCCCGCCGACAGAAACCGCGGGCGGAGUUGCGGGAAGACGCCACGGCGAAGGAGAUCCGGGAGGAUGAGCUACAUCGCCUCAUUGAGACGAUGUUUGAGCCCUUCGAUUAUACUCGGGUGUCUUACAAUGGGUACGUCUACGUCCACGUCCACGUCCACGUCCACGUCUACGUCAACGUCAACGUCGUUAUCGACAGCAGUUGUUAUUUAAUAAGUGGUAUGUGGUCCGCUAACCGAAAGUCUAGAAGCGCCGCCGAAGCUAUUGCCAAUUCAUCAAACCCCGAAGAAUGCCUUCCCAUUCAAUCCGCAUCCGCCCACACACGGCAAGUCUCACAACCUGAUCUCUCGAGAAACUCACCGCCUCCACGGAACGAAGGGUCCGUCGGUCACUUGACCCAGCCCGACACACCAUCCCCCCUGAGCGAGACCCCGACUUCUCAGCAAUCGCAAUCCCUACCACCACCGCCACCGCCGCCCCCGGCCCCAGCUCCUUCUUUCAGCAGACCGCUACCACCACCCGCAGCUGGUCGUCCACGGGGCGCAACACGGAAGGCUAGCAAAGGUGGCGGCGUUCAGAUGGUAUUAGAGGAAGCCGGAAGUUGGAGUGAGCUCGCGGACCAUAGCUCGACUCUCCCGGCUGAAGGAUACGACACCGUAACCGGUAAAGGCAAAGGCUCGAACAGCGGCAUGCUUGCUUUUCUGAGUCGGAAAAAGGGACGUGAUAGGAGUCCCAAGCCCCAAGAACCUGGUGUUCUGGGCAAAGAAGGUGCAAGACAGAUCAUCAGUUGA